GUGUGAGAUGUGUGAUCAACUGGUACGCGCAAGUGAAGAGGAUUCCACUUCCGAAGUCCAAUGCACGGCUAAGGCUUAUGACACGCGAGCAAUACAAUUUGGUGCCUCCUCAAUGGUGCGCCUCCAAGAAAGCGUGCUAUGCCCAGAUAGUGGAUGGUUGGGUAAGCCCGGCGUUCCUGGCAAGUCACCGUGAUGCGCAGAGAAGGCGUCGCCUCUUGGUAGGUGGAGUACACCGUCAGGGGCCCCUCGCCUUUGGUGCCUAUGUGGAAAAACAGAGAAAGGAGAAGGGUGAAGAUGUCCAUGAAUUUGAUAUUUUAUGUCAGUCCCGGAUGAAGAAGGUUGUGAAGGAGGGGGAGUCGCCGUGGCUCAACGAGAACUUCAACAAUAAACGCAUAGCGUACUGCGACAAGUUCAAGCAGGUGAAGGGUAAGGACGCUGACCCGUACAAGGAGCCCAUCGAUGCCGAGGUUGCUAUGCUUGUGGGAGAAGGCAUGAAGAAUGGUUGAUUAUACAUUGCGGAUGGUUCCGUCGACACCAGUAGCACGCCUUCUUUGUCCCAACUCCGUGCUUCCAGGACAAGCGGAAAGCCUGGUAUAGAGACCCGUAUUAAGCCUUCAGUAGUCAUGUUCAACGAGAUGCAGGCUAAGUGGGAUGAAGAGCGCCGUCGUGCCGAGGAGGCCGAGAGAGAACUUGCGGAAGUGAAGGCGACGCUGCAAAGCCACGACGAGAGGUUUGCUUCUUAUGACCAGCUAUUUGCGAUGUUGCAUGCAGCUGGUGCACCUGGUAUGGCCGGCGCACCUCCUCUUCCUCCUCUCCCACCUCUCCCUCCUCUUUCUGGGCCAUUUGGGAUCCCAUCGGCUGGUUCUCACAACCCGUCGCACCAGUCGGAAGCAAGCCCUGUGACCCCAGCUGGUAGUACGAGCAUGCCUCCGCCGGCCAAUCCUGACCUUCACAGCCUAAGGAGGCAACUUUGAUUUCAUCGAGGACUCCUAGGUCAAUGUGGACUUGCAUGUGUUGAUCGCAGAGUCGAGGACCCCAUGAUGGAUUUGUACUCGUUUGUUGAUUGAGGAUCAUAGUGUGGUCUUGUAGUUUAUGAUCGUCUGCUCGUUUGGGGACUUGUUUGUCACGUUUGAGGAUUGGUGAACUUGUAUGGUGUUCGUUAGAUAUGUCAACCUCUA